AUGGAAGAAGGAAGGAAUGAAAAGAAGAGGAAGGAUGAAAAUAGUAGAAGAAAACGGAAGAAGAGAAGAAGACGAAAUAGGAAGAAGACAGAAAAUAGGAAACAGGAAGAAAGACGGAAGACCAAAAUAGAAACAGGAAGAAAUAGGGAAAGGAAUGGAAUAGGAAGGAUGAAGAAGAUGGAAGAAGGAAGAGGAAGUGGUGUGUACAGUAGGACUGAAGAGAAUCAGCAAGACGGCAAUCCCAGCCAGGAAGAAGACAGCCAAUCAGGCACAGGAAUGAAGACUGACCACAGAAUCAAAGAAAGACACACAGCCAACCAACAACGGCCAACAUGGAAGAAAAGAACAGGAACAAAGACAGCACAGGAAACAGCAAGACACACAGGAAGACCCACACCAGGCACACAGGAAACAGCACACAGGAAGACACAGGAAACAGGAAGAUCCACACCAAAAUACAGGAAGACGCACACCAGCAGGAACAGGAAGACACACCAGGUACAGGAACAGAAGACAGCACCAAAGAAAGAGGAAAAGACGAAAAUCCCUAAAAUAGUAGAAGAGGAAGACAGGAAAGGACAGUGA